AUGUGGGCAGAGGUUUCGGGAGGAGAGGACGAUGACCUCUUGGGCGACGCUCGACCGUUCAAACAGUCAAACAGUCAGUCUCUCUUUCUCUCUCGAGAGCCGACCGACACACGCCACGGUCGAAUGCAAAUCGACGUAGGAGAACUCAUGUGGAACAUUCGAAUUCAUAGCAGGUCUGUAAAUGGCCAAAUUAAUCUUCCACCAAAAUCUGUUGCAAUAAAUCAUCUAUCGAAUUCCAUUAAUGGGCAUGACUGCAAUUUGAUGAAAAAAAAACCAGGAUCACAAUUGAGUUUGCAGUUAUCGCUGAUUCGAUUAGUGCUUGACAAUCUUGGAAACCUUCAAGGUGCGCAGAAUCAUUAA